AUGCCAGAAGAAGAUAGGAACUCACGAAGCCCGCAACCUGAAGAUGACUCACGUGGAAGUCCGGUCCAAGAGUUGGAGCGUCUGUCGAUCCAUGGGAGAAAAUCGGACAAUAAUAAGGAUGCCAAUGAAGCUGAAGCAAAUACGCAUGAUGCUAGAGCAACCAGUCCACUAUCUCCGGAAAGACUCGCCAUCAAUACGGUCGAGGAUUUGAAACGUGCUUGUUGUAUAAAGGAACAAGAAUUCAACAUUGCCGUACAAGAGAAAGGUGAAGAGGAUCAAGAGACAGCGCUGGAGAAGCUUACAGCUGCACAAGAACGCGUUGACAAGUACCGUGGAAUUUGCAAGAAAAGAUACCCAACACGCCUAGAGCUUUACACAUGGGAUGAAAUUGAACAGCGUAACAGGCAAUACAACAUGGCAUGCCGCUCCAUGGAAGGAUCAAGUAAAGAAGACCAUUACGUACCUAAGGACCUACCAGUUUUACAAGUCGUUGGAUCCGAUAAAUGGCACCCUAAUAAAGCCGUUCACUUGUCUGCUGAGAUGUUUCUUCGUGCUUUCACAAAAGAGCUCAAAUCAUGUGGUCUUGAUCUUGUACAAAAAUAUGACACACCUGAGCAGCAAUUGCGAGGCAAGGAGGCAUGCGUACACAUGAAGCAAAAGAAGGGUGAAAAGAUUGCGACAUACGUGCGUCGAUUCUACCAAAGGUGCAUUGAAGCCGAGUUUGACCAAUUUGAUCAAGUCAUGAUCGUGAUCUUGCUUUGUUCCUUGGACACGAAAACACAAGCUCAAAACCUAUGCAACGUCAAGUUUGGCCCAAAUUACCUGAAGACACAAAAACUUGAAGCAAUUGUGGAAUACUUGGCUGGUUUACAAUUGAACGACUCUGAUGCUGAAAAGAGACCACGGGAUGAUGAAGACGUUGAAAUGCAACCCGCAAAGCGUACAUCACGCUCCAUCCAUCAAGUUAAAGACAAGACGAAUUUCAAGCAUAUAAAACCUUGUGACUUUUGUGGCCGCCCUCGUGCGAACAGCAACCAUCGUUGCAAUGAGUUCAGAGAGGCCAAAGGCUUGGCUCCACUCCCGGAUCUGCCACCAGCCAAGAAGGUCAAUAGAACUGCCACCAUUGUUGAUCAUGAUGACAUUGAUGAUUCCCUACCUUAUGAUGGUGCCAAUUUCUCGGCUGUCGAUAGUUCGUUCUGUCAAAAGCAUAAAAUAAAGUAUUCACAUGUAAAGGGAUUUAUUCAAUUAGCAGCGGCUGAUAAACAAGUGCGUCGUAUUGGACUUACGCGUCCUUUGGAUAUCUGGUAUAACGGUCGUCACAUAAAGCGCCAGUUGGAAGUGAUGAAUCUCGCCAAUGGAAAGGUUGCUAGCAUUGGUAAAAAUCUCUUUGCUGAUUUAGGCAUCGGCUAUACUGGAUUGGCAUUUACUUGGAAAGACGCGAUGGAGGAAGAAAUUGAAAAAGAAGUGAAUGAUGAGCCAAUCCCAAAUGAAGCACCUGCUGGAACGAAAGAGGAGCAAGAAAUUUUUAGGGAGCUCAUAGAGCCUAGCUUAAAGAGGAAUAGCCAAAUCCCCAAGGAUGCAUUGUGUCCUUUUCCGGAGGCUGUUAUUUCCAUCCCUACCCCUGAAAACGUUGUCUGCUAUCGUAGACAAUAUACUAUUGCUUACGAACAACGGCCUAUUGUGCAGGAAGCCAUCAAUAAAUGGUUGACUGAGGGCACCAUAACCGAGGUACCAGCGGAUGCUGAUAACCGAUGGAAUAGCCCUUUAACGUUGGCCCCUAAAAAAGAUUCACAAGGUAAAAUGAUAGGGCAUCGUCCUUGCUUAGAUCCUCGACUCAUAAAUGAGCACCUUACCGAUGAUAAGCAUCGCAUUCCUUUAAUCACGGAAAUCUUUGACCAACUCGCUGGCUCCAAAGUGUACACCACACUCGACUUGGCUAGUGCGUUUCAUCGUUUUCCCAUAAAACCGGAAGACCGUCAUAAGACUGCUUUUACAGCACCUGACGGCAUGCGUUACAUGUUUAAAGGUUGCCCUUUUGGUUUGAAGCCCAUUUCAUCCAAAUUUCAAAGGGUCAUGGACAAGCUAUUCAGAGACCUGCCAUAUGUCACCACCUUUGUUGAUGAUAUCAUUGUCUUUUCCAAGUCUAAGCGAGACCAUGUACAACACGUUACGAUUGUUAUUGAUCGUCUCACUGAGGCUAACCUCAUACUGCAACUCAAAAAAUGA